CAUAGUGACUUUUGUGAAGAAGGAGCUGAAUAAGAUGCAGAAAUUUGUGAGUCCAGAUUACCCGGAAUGCUCAGAGAGUCAGAGGGAGGAUGAGGAGGAGUUGGAGGAUGAUGAUAAAGAUCAGAGGAGCAGCAGAGAGAUGUUUCAGCUCAUCACAGUGUUGUUCCUGAGGCGGAUGAAGCAGGAGAAGCUGGCUGACUGUCUGCAGAGCAAUCUUCCUGCUGCAGUUUGUAGACAAAAACUUAAAUAUGGUCUGAAGAAGAAGUUCCAGAGAGUGUUUGAGGGCAUCGCUAAAGCAGGACAGAAGACCCUCCUGAAUGAGAUCUACACAGAGCUGUACAUCACAGAGGGAGGGACUGCAGAGGUCAAUGAUGAACAUGAGAUCAGACAGAUCGAAGCAGCAUCCAGGAAAGCAGACGGAGCAGAAAGAAGCAUCAGACCAGAAGACAUCUUUAAAGGCUCACCUGGAAGAGAUGGACCAAUCAGAACAGUGAUGACACUGGGAGUGGCUGGCAUCGGGAAAACGGUGUUAACACAGAAGUUGACUCUGGACUGGGUUGAAGACAAAAGCAACCAGGACAUCCACUUCAUGUUUCCAUUGACUUUCAGAGAGCUGAAUGUGGUGAAAGAGAGAAAGUUCAGCUUUGUGAAACUUGUUCAUCACUUCUUCAGUGAAACCAAAGCAGCAGGAAUGUGCAGGUUUGAAGACUUCCAGGUUGUGUUGAUCUUUGACGGUCUGGAUGAGUGUCGCUUUCCUCUGGACUUCCACAACAAUGAGGUCCUGACUGAUGUUACAGAGUCCACCUCAGUGGAUGUGCUGCUGACAAACCUGAUCAGGGGGAAUCUGCUUCCCUCUGCUCGCCUCUGGAUAACCACACGACCUGCAGCAGCCAAUCAGAUCCCUGCUGACUGUGUGGACAUGGUGACAGAGGUCAGAGGGUUCACGGACCCACAGAAGGAGGAGUACUUCAGGAAGAGAUCCAGAGAUGAGGAGCAGGCCAUCAACAUCAUCUCCCACAUGAAGACAUCAAGAAGCCUCCACAUCAUGUGCCACAUCCCAGUGUUCUGCUGGAUCACUGCUACAGUUCUGGAGGAGCUGCUGAGAACCAGAGAGGGAGGAGAGCUGCCCAGAACUCUGACUGAGAUGUACAGCCACCACCUGGUGGUUCAGGUCAAAGUCAAGAAGGUCAAGUAUGAUGGAGGAGCUGAGACAGAUUCACUCUGGAGUCCAGACACCAGAAGGAUGAUUGAGUGCCUGGGAAAACUGGCUUUUGAGCAGCUGCAGAAAGGAAACUUGAUCUUCUAUGAGUCUGACCUGACAGAGUGUGGCAUCGAUAUGGAAGCAGCCUCAAAGUAUUCAGGAGUGUUCACACAGAUCUUUAAAGAGGAGAGAGGGCUGUACCAAGACAAAAUGUUCUGCUUCGUCCAUCUGAGUGUUCAGGAGUUUCUGGCUGCAGUCUACAUGUUCCACUGUUACACCAACAGGAACUGGAAAGUUCUGGAGGACUUCCUGAGAAAAGACUGGAAAGACGAAAACAGAGACACUCUGGAUGUGUUCCUGAAGAGAGUGAUGGAGAAAUCCCUGAGAAGUAAAAAUGGUCACCUGGACCUGUUUGUUCGCUUCCUUCAUGGCCUCUGUCUGGAGUCCAACCAGAGACUCUUAGGAGCCCUGCUGGGUCGGACAGAGAACCAUCCAGAAAUGAUCCAGAGAGUCAUCUACAACCUGAAGGAGAUGAAGAGUGAUGACAUGUCUCCAGAUAGAAGCAUCAACAUCUUCCACUGUUUGAUGGAGAUGAAGGAUCUCUCAGUACAUGAGGAGAUCCAAGAGUUCCUGCAGUCAGAGAAGAGAUCAGAGAAGAAACUCUCUGAGAUCCACUGCUCAGCUCUGGCCUACAUGCUGCAGAUGUCAGAAGAGGUCCUGGAUGAGUUGGACCUGGACACAUAUAGAACAUCAGAUGAGGGAAAACGAAGACUGAUUCCAGCUGUGAGGAACUGCAGAAAGGCUUGGCUUUACAACUGUGAACUCUCAGAGAGUCACUGUGAAGUUGUGGCCUCAGCUCUGAAGUCCAACCCCUCCCAUCUAACAGAUCUGGACUUGAGUAGAAACAACCUGCAGGAUUCAGGAGUGAAGCAUCUUUCUGCUGGACUGCAGAGCCCAAACUGUAAACUGGAGACUCUCAGAUUGGAGGACUGCAGGUUGUCACAGAUCAGCUGUGAUUCUCUGAACUCAGCUCUGAAGGUCAACCCCUCCCAUCUGAAACUUCUAGACCUGAGCAGGAAUAGCCUACAGGAUUCAGGAAUGAAACAUCUGAGUGGUUUUCUGCAGAGUCCAGACUGCAGCCUGAAGACUUUGAGAUUGAGGCGCUGCAGGUUGUCAGAGAUCAGCUGUGAUUCUCUGGUCUCAGCUCUGAAGUCCAACCCCUCCCAUGUGAAACAUCUAGACCUGAGCAUGAACUACCUGCAGGAUUCAGGAGUGAAACAUCUGAGUGGUUUUCUGCAGAGUCCAGACUGCAUCCUGAAGACUCUCAGAUUGGAGUGCUGCAGUUUGUCACAGAUCAGCUGUGACUCCCUGGUUUCAGCUCUGAAGUCCAACCCCUAUCACCUGGAAUAUUUGGACCUGAGCAAGAACAAGCUGCAGGAUUCAGGAGUGAAACAUCUGUCUGGUUUUCUGCAGAGUCCAGACUGCAGCCUGAAGACUCUGAGAUUGAGGUGCUGCAGGUUGUCACAGAUCAGCUGUGAUUUUCUGGUCUCAGCUCUGAAGUCCAAUCCCUCCCAUCUGGAACAUCUGCACCUGAGUGGAAACAACCUGCAGGAUUCAUCAGUGAAACAUCUGUUCGAUCUUGUGAAGAGUCCAGCCUGCAGCCUGCAGAUCCUUAUUGCACAGACUGGGUUAAAAUGAAUCUGAGUGCUCAGUUGUCAUCUUCACACAAACUGUCACAGGACAGUGUUGUGUAUUGCUGCUCAGAUGCCUCUACAGCCUACAGGCUGCACAGCAAUACACAACACGAUUGGCAUGUUCACAGACGGUUCAUUGGCAGCAUCAUUCAGACUCUGACAUUUUGGCCCCCAGACUGGAACUGCUGGAGCUCUUUGCAGCCGAGGGCCAGCGCUCCACUCAGGUGUCCUUCCACAACAUAGAGAUGAAUCUGACAGAGAAAAUGGAAGCACAUGAAGAAAGUGAGGUUGUGUUCAGGCUGGAUUUUAAGACAUCAGGACACUGUUAGAGCAUGAUGGCUUAACCCUUUGAUGCACAACAUGGGUGAAAAGUGACUCGACUGAGUAUUUUAUGUUCUAUAUCUUUGCAAUAAAUUAAUCAAUCAGUAA